UCAGAAUAGCUCAAAUGCUGUGGACGUGUCGGAGGGUGUUUCGAUGUGCGAUUCCGUCUCCCCUCGCUGUCUCGUGUGUCUGUGAAAGGGGUGGUUGUGAUGUGGUGUUUUGACUGAAGGGUGGUGUGAUGCCAGCAAGACAAGAGAGUGUGUGAAGAAAUCCAGUGCCAAAGACUCUUUGGAUACCCACUUUUUUUUGGAUUAAUACCAGUGUAAUUUAUCGCAUGUUCCUGUAACACUAUCAACGCUCUACUGUUUGCUAGAAUUGCCAAAGAGCGCGAGGCGAACUUCGCAGAAAAUCCCCCGCGCGAUGACUUCACUCAUCAGCGAGUCGUUGUUUCUCACGGCGAGGAAGUGAUUGAGCAGCAGCGCGCGUUCGAUGAGGGAAAAAUAAUUUCCGGUGGAAAAUGUCUGCCGCUGAAGUCGAGUGCAUUGGAGCAUCAAUCGGUGAGGGUGUAGACGUCUCAAGUGACACGAAGGCGUCGGCCGACGAGGUGCAGGAGGAAGCAGAUGCGACAGAUUCAUCAGCCCACGAGCGCGCAGAAGAAGCCAACGAGGCAAUCGAUACGAGCGACCGAGUGAUUAGCGUUAACUGUGAUAGUGCUGCACGUGCGGCGACUGACGAAGAGGAGUCCAAAGAGGUGCAGCGAUUGCGGCCGAUUCUCACCAACGGCGGCAGCUCGAUUCCGCGGCCGCCGCGCAAGAAGUCCGUGUCGUUUGACGAUGUUGAUGACAGUGUGAAGAAGUUUAUCAACGGAGACCCAAUUAUCGAUAAGCAGAACCCAUUCAAGCACCCGCUGCGGUAUCACAGGCACACGAAUGGCCAUCGCGAUGAGGAGUUCGUGACGAAGGAGGAGGUGCUGAAGGAGUCGAAGUUCGUGAGGACGUACAUUAAGAAUCCCGACAAGUAUUUCACCUACGAUCCGAGUGUCGUUGAGCGGCUGAAGGACGAGACAGAGGAACAUUCCACGCGCAUUCCAACACCCAGAAAGCCCAUUCCGAUUCCACGCAAGCUCUCGAAGACGACCAAGGAGCGCCUCAAGGAGCUGACCAUCAAGUACAGUCCGCCCAAGUUCUACACGCAGGACAAGACGCCCGCGCGGCGCGCGAAUGGCGUGGAAAAGCCGCGCGUUGAUCGCUCAAAGUAUCCAGAUUUGGCGGAUAUUAAAGUGAAGACGGGCACAGAUUGGGAACAUAGCCUAUACAAUCCGGAAGAGGUGGCAAUAAAUGUGAAGAAGUUCGACAAUCGCUUCAAGACAGCACAAUUUGGCUCACAAGACGAUCUCGAUGAUAUUGCUGAGCAAACUGAUGUGGAUGCCAAUGAAGAGAGCGAAGUUCCUGCGAUAGAGAGUAAGAAAUCCUUCACGAACACUGUUAACAGUGCUGAGUUUAAGGAGUUCCUCAAGAAGAAGGGUCUCACGCUGACUCCAGAAACUGGACAAAGCGCAGAAGAGGCGGCGAUUAAUGGUUUUGUAGCCGCUUGUGAGGAUAUUGAUAAGAUGGAGAGCAAGAAGAAGCGAUCAAUGCUGCAGAGGAUCUUCAAUGGAGGGUUGUUCUCGUCGAAGGGCAAAACCACCCCCAAAGAGCCUUUGAGAGCUCCUGAGGAGGCGGCGAAGGACAGCGCUAUGAAGCGUGUGGUGCUUGAGAGGCCGAACCAGCAGCACACGCCAACCAGAACUUCCCUGCCGGCCAACAAUGAAUUCCACAAGGUUUUCGGCGGUCGAGGCGUGAAGACGCCCUCUGAGGAGUAUGUGGACAUGAAUCAGGCGCCGUCGUCGUCGAAGCAACAAGUGCGCGUGAAAGAGAUUCACGGGAACUACAUCGACAUGACGCCCAAGUCGAGGAAGCCGGUGGUGCAGACUGUUCACCAUGUGGACAGCUCGACAGGCGCCAAUACAGUGCUCAAUGCACAGAAUAUGUACAGGAACAUUGACAUGGCCAAAUCGAAGGCGCAGCCAUUGCGUCUUCGCGUGCCAGCGGUGAAAACUGUGGAGAAACCGCCGGUGCUGCGAAGGACGCCUGUCAGGCAAUCGCUGCAGCCGCGACCGAAAGUGGAGGAGGUGAUGUAUGGGAAUCUGAAUAGGUCCAAUUCUCUGCCCAGAGGCGAGCCUGUGCCGCUGUUGCCGCAGCGAAACACUCGUCAGGGAAUCAUUAGCAACACAGCGUCGCCGGAGAAGGCGUUCAGAGGGCCCAAGAGCACUUCCACGCCAGUGGAGGAGCAACAGAAGAGCCAAAUGUCCAGCGACUUGUCGCCAAUUGUCUCCACGUCCAUUCAAGUGGACUCUUCGACGUGGAUGAAGAUCAAGGAGCUGAAGGACAUGACGGAUCGCAAUCUGCUGUACAGCACGCCCAAACCGAAGCCCAUUCCUGUCGCCGAGAACAUCUAUGAGUCCACGGAGAAGCUGCGUCCGACGUACGGACGCAUCGGCGGACGCAGGUCGUCCGUGGAGAACGCUCCGGUGGUGCUGGUGAGGAACUCGCCGCAGAGGAGCACGAUCGACAGUGUGUACAGGAACAGAAAUCUCAAGAUUGUCGACGGGCAGUGCGUAAAUGCGGCGGAGCCAAGCUCGCCGUCGACACGCGAGCGAUCCCAGAGUGUCCUCGACGGCAUGACGACCGACCAGGAGCCGGUGGUGAUGCGCAAGCGACAGCCGGUUUACCUGAGCCGCGAGGAGAUUCUCAACAAAGUCAAGGAGUUCUGCCGCAAGUCCAUGAAUAGUACGCCGAACAAGGAGCAGCGAGGCUCUCCGGAGAUUUCGCCCGUCUCGUACGCCUCGGUGGACUCGCGGCGGAGCGGCCGCGUGGCGCCGCAAGUGCCGCGCCGCGUGGAGAGUCUGCCGGAGUCGCCCAUCUAUGCACCUGUCUAUCGCCAGGCGAUGCCUCAGGUGCAGCGCACGCCGAAUCCUGUCGCCGUGCAGCUCGCGGGCGAGCAGAUUGUCGACACGAGGCCUCACUAUCAGACGCCGCCGGGGCAUUUGCUGCAGGUGGGCAAUCAAAUUUACGCGCCCAUCCGACGGCCCAUUCCCGCCUCGCUGUACGCCGCCGACAUCUCGCCCUACGGCUACCUUCAUCUGCGGAACACUGUGUCAGGCAUUCCGCCCAAGACGCCUCGGCCGGCGUCCGUGCAGGGCAAUCCGCUGCAGCGGCGGCCGCUGGACGGCAGAAGCACGCCUCUGGUGCUGCACAGCAUGCCUCGUGCGGAUCAGGUGGUCUACAGCAGGCCGCAGAAGCUUUUCCAGAGACCCGUGCAGCUCAUGGAGGCCAGACAACAGAGCGUUCCGUACGAGAGCGAGAGCGGCUCAGAAGCCGGUGAGAUUCAGCGGAUUCUUCAGAAGAAAGUCGAAGAAGACUGGCAGAAUGAGAAGGGCGGAAGCUCGAGCGGCAGAGCUCAGCAGCCAGAGCAGGCUGCUGACGACCGGCGGCGAGGCGGGCGUCGCGAGGAUCCGCGAAGACACACGCUGGGCGGCGGCGACAUGAUGCACUACGGCCCCGGCCAGGCGCCGCCGCAGAGGACGAUGGAUCUGGAGAUGGGGACACGUUCGCAAAAAGUGAAAAAGGCGCCGCCCGUGCGCGGAUAUACGCCCAUGAAUCAGGGCCCGCUCUUCGACGACGAUCCCGGAAUCAUGUCCGAAGUGGAGACGGCGAGCACAGGCUUCCGCCGGGGUGGCAAACAGCGAUCAUCACUGCCCGUCGUGAGGACGCCAUCGAAGACCCUUGAGCGUCCUCUAGGUCUGGUCUUCCUGCAGUACCGCUCGGAGACAAAGAGAGCCCUCCUGCCCAAUGAAAUCACAUCCAUUGACACGGUGAGAGCGCUCUUUGUGCGAUCCUUCCCGCGGCAGCUCACCAUGGCGUAUCUCGAGGGGCCGACAGUGAAAAUUUACAUUCACGACGCCAGCAAGGACAUGUUUUACGAGCUGGAAGACGUCAGGUCACACUUGAGAGAGAUUCGAGAUCGGUCUGUGCUCCGUUUGUUUGAGUCAAACGAAGUUCAGCCGCAACACAUGAUACCGGGCGGGCCGCUCAUGCCGCCACAGAUGCCGCCGCUGGGCACGCUGCCCUGGGAAGUGGAUCAGAGUUACUUCAGCGAACCCGAAUUCGAUUCUGAGUAUCAACAUCAGCACAUACACAAGAGCAAGGGUGGAAAGGCGCCCUAUUACGUUGGAGCAGCUCAAACUCUGCCUCGAGGCAUGUACUCGGAUCGCAACAAAAAUUCUGUGGGAGUACCGGCGAAACCAUUGCGUUCUUACGGUUCACGGGGCAGCAUGGGCCCUGCAUUCCCCUAUCCUCCGGAUCAACUGUACAGUAUCCCAGAUGGUUACAUGAGCUCACCGGAGAGAGGCACUCGAACAGGUUACGAGGAGCCCUACUACAGCCAAUAUGGAACGCGUGGAGGCACUGUGACGCCCAUCAUUGAUGAAGAGCACCCUGACGCCAAUCUCACGGAGGAUCAAUAUGCGCUGUAUGGCGUGAAGAUUUCCGGCAGAAUUCCGCGGAAUCCCAAUCAGAUCUACGAUCCGACAAGGCCUGAGGACUUGCAUCGCAUUCGCGUGGAGCACAUGGAGCGUCAAUUGGCAAAUCUGACGGGACUUGUGCAGAAGGCACUCAAUCAAACGCCCCAAAUUGCACCGAUGUCGAACAUCAAUCAGCCUGGAUACUUGAAUGUGCCAGGACAAUGCCGAGUUCCGGAUGAGAUUGAUGGGCACUCAAGCAGUAGUUCUACUUCUGUUCAAGCUAACGGCACGAUGGACGAUACUUACAUUAGAGAAAAACCGCCAAAGCUGGGCAGAACUUCAUGUCAUAAAUCAGUAUCAUUUGAGAAGUCAGUGUCAUUCAGUGAUGACAUCCAAGGAGUGCCAAAAUCUCACAGUCCUCAGCAUCCCGCUGAUUCCAAACCGCCAAAAUCAGCCAUAAAAUCUUCAACGCUCCCGAGAACGUCAUCUCAAGAGCGCGAUCGCUUGAAGCCCCAGCCGCCGCCAAAGCCGCUCGUCGUCGCCAAUGCGCAUAACAACUAUCGGCCGGACCUCGCCUUGGCGCCCGAGGUCUACAAUCAUCUGCGCGGCCUGCAGAAGAAGGCGAAGGACCUGCGAACGGAAGUGCGCACGCUGCGCCGCCUGUCGCAGGCUCAGGCGCUGGCCGUGCGGGAGGACAUCAAGGACACCUUCAUGCGCAUCCGGGCGACGCUGCUGGCCAGCGGCAACUCGUACUGGGGCCAGGGUGAUCAGGAGAACACGCGCCUGUCGCGCGAUGAGGAGCUGUACAAGCAGGAAGUGGUGCGUCUGGAGAAGGACCUCAGCGACCUCGAGGCGUCCGUGGAGGGACUUCGUGGGGAGGUAAUCAACAGAAGGACGAGGGUCAAUAUGGCAGCAGUGGAAGACAUGGCGCUGGUGCUAAGUCGAGCCAGCAAAACAGUGGCGGAAUUGAAGAUGCGUUUUCCGGGACUGCAGAAUGGACUGCGAAAUAUCUUGGCGAGCGAGAUGGAGAAGGUUGUGCGCGAGGAGAAGUUCCUUAAGGAGGAGCCAGAUCGUCUGGAAUCGGCGCUGAGGCGAUGCAAGAAACUCACUGGAACUCUCGUGACGCUCAAAAGAUUGGCCAGCGUUCAGGAGCAAAGGACAUGCGUGGAACCUCAGCAGGAUACUCCUGAAGCAACACGUUCAGCCGAAGUGCAGACGACAAACAAGCCAGUCCCAAGCCCCAGGCUGGGGACGGUCUCUAUCAGCGGGGGAGUCGCACCCGAAAACGCACUCGAUGCCCUGCUAGAUGAAUUGCAGACAUUCGCGAAGCCUCCAGGCGCCAAUUCUGAGAUGCGUCCAGACGACUCCACCUCAGACGACAGCUCCCAAACCCUCCAGAAUACCGUAACUACCCAAUUAUCUCAAUCUAGUCUCUAUCCCUCUGAUCCUGCUGCCUCGAAUGUAGGUCUGAGGCGCCUCCACUCCUACCCCAGUGGCUCAGAUACGGACACAAGUCCACCACAGCCGAGGCCCGUGGGAAAGCCGCCCGUGCCGGAGCGCAACGCGGAGCUCCUGUCGAAGGUGAGCGCCAAGCGCAUUCCGCCGCCACCGCCGCCCAGGACCAGCUCCCGCAGCCCUCUGGCCAGUCCCACCAGUCCCAAUCUGCCGCUGCGCUCAGCGUCCGUGGACGUCGAGCCGCAGCACGACUUGAGCGGCGCCAACUCCACCAGCAGCAACGAUUCGGUGAAUUCGCAGGACCAGAUGCAGCGCCAGAUGGCCCUGGAGCUGCGCCAUCAGGAGCUGCUGAAGAAGCAGAAGCUGCUGCAGGAGCAGUACGCCAGGCUGCAGCAGAUGAGCAAGAACAGCAUCGCACUGCCGCCGAACGCCAAUGCCAGCGCCGAGGCGCAGCUCAAGAAGACCGGCAGUGAGUCGAAUCUGCCGCAGAAGAUGGGUCUCAACAUGGCCAUCACGGGAUCCAUGAAGAAUCUCCACAGUGAGGCGUUCGUGGAGGUCGCGAAGGUGACGAACAACGGCGGGCCGAACACCGGCUCCACCACUAGCAAAGUGUACGAAACGGAGAUCCUAUAACAAAACGGGAAGAGGUGGAGUGAAACUGAUAUCGAUGCCACACUGUAAUGAUCAACACUCCUCGGGGAUGUGUCGCUUCCGCCAGAAGACGAUCUUGUGUUCCCAAAUUACUGCACUCCACGUGUGUGUGUGUGUUUGCAACAAUUGCAUGUCUCUUGUGUUGUUCCUCGGGAUUCUGUCCAUCGGAGAGUGACACAUCCCUGAACAUCCCUUCAGUCCACUAAUCCCUGUGUCCAUUAGCCACACUUAUCGAGCAUGAAUUAGACAUAGGUCAAUAAGUAACGUAUGUCAUGUGGAAAUAUUAAAGUCUCUUCCUCGCGGAAACUCAUCACUGUCACAACUCAAUCGAUUCCGUGAACGAUUUGUGCAGAGGCAAUUUAAUAAGAAUAUGAAUGUAAACUUAACGCAAAAUCUAGGGAAUUUCAUCAAAUAUAAAACUAAAAUAUAACACAUAAUUGUCACACAUUUAUCCAUCUUAUACACGAAACCACGGAGAGGAAAUAGAAACAUUUUACAGAAUGGCAGUGCUGUGGUGAAGAGAAGAGUGGAUACUGGCGGAUAUCUAGCGAAUGAAUGAUGCGAUAGUCAAAGAAUUACAGUAGUUGAUUGAUAGUUGAUUAGCUCCACCACCAGUUUGUGCCAAUCUUUUUAAUAUUUUUGCAAUAUAUAUAUAUUUAUUAUGACACAAAAGAAAAGUAAGUACACCAAAAAAAUUAUAAAUUUACACUCAUCCAAAUUGAAUAGCGAAAAUAUUAAGUCCUUCAAUGUUCAGCUCACCUUCAUAUUUUUCUAAAUCUUACCGACAAGUCCAACAAUUUUUGGCCCCUUUUCGGAAGAGCGAAAAUGAGAAAAUUCAGCGCAAUUUUUACACUAACAACAACAUUUGAAUUAACACAAAAUAUCAUAUAGCUGUAGAUAAAUUUAUUCGUUCAACAUUGAAAUCUCACGAUAUUGCCAUACAAUGUUAUUCAAUUAAAAUGAUAUGCAUACAUCGAAUAUAUAGAGACAAGAGCUAGAUGGUUGUCACCAAUAGUUUGCAUUCGAGUCCCUUCAUUUAUCAUCAUAAUAUCUAUCGUAAUGUCAUAAGGCAUAUUUCAAUGGGUGAAUCAAAUGGCAAAAAGUCAUGCCCUAAAGUUGUGUAUAGAGAGAAUGUAAUACUCUUAAGCCCAGUGUCUAAGGAGGAAAGCCAAAAAAGUAUUAUUGGAAAACACCAAGUACAGUAUAUAUGGAAUUAUAUACAUAAAAUAGAGGAAAAAAGCAUAAUAUCUGAUAUAUAAUAAAUAUUGAUAACAGAUGAAUGAAAAAUGUUCAAUUGAGAGUCUCUUUUUUGUUUGUUCAGCCAAUUUUAUUUAGUAGAUCAUUAAAUAUUUAUAUUUCUUGUAUUUAAUGGCAUAAACUUGCAGAAUUUAUUUCGAAUGUAUCUAGUUGUAGUGUACAUAUAAUUUAACACAACUAAAGUCUCUCAAUAGGAAGGUCUAAAAGAGGAAAGAGAAGACUCUCGUUAGUCAUUGAAGGUUUGUGCUAAGUUUAAUAAGUAAGACAACCCUAUAAUGAAUUAAGAAAUAAAUAAAAACAAAAUUGUGGAUAUUCAAGUUGUUAAGAUGCUGAAGAUGGUUAAUGAAAAAAGAAAUAUAAUGCGACAGAGGAAAGCUCGAAAAGAGUGGUUACAAUGUGUUAAAUAAUUGAAAAAAAGGAUGAUAAAUUGUAUAAAUUAUUUUUAUUGCAAUGAUAUUCGUGGAUGAGAGGAAUUUAUGUGAAUUUUUCUGAUAACUUGCGACAAGUAAGGAAAAAGAGUCUAAAUUUUGAGAAGAUUUGCACAAAAUGAGCAUCUUGAAUUGAUUCAUAGUGAUUUUUUCGGUUCUCUUUUGCUCACAUCAAAUUUAUAUAUUGAAAAAUUCUUAUUGCAAACUUAUACUUAAUCCUCUUGUGGAGAAUAUGACACUGACUUAAUGCACGAACUUGUGAAGAAUGAUACGUUUUUUUCCAAUUGGAGAAAAUACAUGAGGAAAAAAAGUGACGAUAUUAUUAAUAAACAUUUACAAUUUAAAGAAAA